AUGUUAAUUCAAGAUGAGCUUAACUAUGAUCUCGGUAUUAUUGAAGUUGAGUAUCAAGAUUUGUAUUCCAAAUUAAAUGUCGCGCAAAAAAUUUUUUAUCACACCAUUAUGAAUGCGGUUAACAACAAACAAGGUGGUGUCUUUUUCCUUUAUGGUUACGGAGGAACCGGAAAAACAUUUGUUUGGAAGACCUUGUUUGCUGCUAUUAGAUCCAUAGGUGAAAUUGUUAUCAACGUUGCUUCAAGUGGAAUUGCAGCACUAUUGCUCCAUGGUGGUAGGAAAGCGCAUUCAAGAUUUAUUAUCCCAAUUAACUUGACCGAGAAUUCAUUUUGUUCUAUCGCGCCAGACAGUGAUCUUGCUGCACUACUGAACAAAGUGAGACUUAUCAUUUGGGAUGAAGCUCCGAUGAUGCACCGUCAUUGUUUUGAAGCAUUUGAUAGGACACUUAGAGACAUUAUCCGUUCAUCUGACAGGAAUAAAGCGUUUGGCGGCAAGACCAUUGUAUUUGGAGGUGACUUUAUACAAAUUCUUCCAGUAAUACAAAGAGGUAAUCGUUCGGAUAUUGUGCAGACAUCGUUACAUUCAUCAAGAUUAUGGAGUGAAUGUACAGUUUUACGUUUAACGGUAAACAUGAGGCUUCAGGUUGGUUGUCCAACUAAUGAUUUGGAUGAGACAAAAGCAUUUGCAGAAUGGAUUCUUAAAAUUGGUGAAGGUAAUAUUGGUGGUCCUAAUGAUGGUGAAGCUGAAGUUGAAUUUACAAAAGAUGUUAUCAUUCGCUCUAUAGGUGACCAUAUUCAUUCAAUUGUAUCGACCAUUUAUCCGUCUUUUGAAAGCCAUCUUGAUGACCCAUCAUAUUUUCAAGAUAAGGCUAUUUUGGUUCCUACAAAUGAAGAAGUCGAUGCUAUCAAUGACUACAUGUUAGGAUUGAUGAAAGACGAAGGGAAAACUUAUCUGAGUUCAGAUUCUUUAUGUGAGACAGAAUCAGCAGAUUGUUUUGAGGAAUCAGUUUACUCUCCGGAUGUACUGAAUGCUUUUAAGGCAUCUGGAAUUCCCAACCAUAAACUCACAUUAAAAACAGGUGUUCCGGUCAUGUUGCUUCGUAAUAUUGACCAAACCAAAGGUCUAUGCAAUGGUACAAGGUUACAAAUAGUUAGGCUUGGAAAACAUGUCAUUGAGGCACGCAUUAUAGCUGGUAGAUUCUUCAAUGAGACUGUUUAUAUACCUCGCAUGAAGUUAACUCUGUCUGAUAAAAGAAUCCCCUUCCGUUUUCAGCAGAGACAAUUUCCCGUAGCUAUUUGUUUUGCUAUGACCAUUAACAAGAGUCAAGGGCAGUCAUUAUCAACUGUUGGAUUUUUUAAAAUCACCAUUAUAGUUGAAGAUAUUACCGGUUCGGUGUCACUUACUUUAUAUGAUUCUGGCGCAAAGAAGCUUAUAAGAAAAAACGCACAAGAGUUGGUUGAUCAGUUCAAUGAGGAUGGUAAUAACGAAAUUUAUCCAUCUGAAUAUACUAUUGGAAAAAAAGAUGGCGUUCAAAAUUCAAAUUACACAUGA